AUGAGCGACAUACACGGUCACUGUGAUCCUGCAUUCAGCAGUGUUCGCGAUCUGCUGCAGAACCGACUGAGUCAAGGAGAUGAGCUGGGUGCAUCACUCUGCGUUAAUAUUGACGGCAAAAAUGUCCUUGAUCUCUGGGGUGGCCAUGCAGAUACAGCACGCACGAAGCCAUGGAACGAAGACACCGUUACAGGCGUCUGGUCAGUGUCGAAAGUGAUCACCAGUCUGGCUGCCCAGAUCCUCAUUGAUAGGGGCCUGCUGGAUCCCAAGGAAAAGGUAUCCAAGUAUUGGCCGGAGUUCGGUGUCAAUGGCAAGGAAAACAUCCUCGUAUCCCACAUUCUCAGCCAUUCAUCUGGAGUCUCUGCCUGGGAGUCCCCAGUGACAAAGGAAGACAUUUACGACGUCAAGAAAUCGACUGAGAAGCUCGCACAGCAAUCGCCUUGGUGGACGCCCGGCGAACACUCCGGAUACCAUUUAUCCAACCAAGGACAUAUGAUCGGUGAACUGGUGCGGCGCAUAAGCGGGAAGUCACUGACGCAGUUCAUCGCCGAUGAGAUCGCCAAUCCCUUGAACGCAGACUUCCACCUCGGCCUCCCAGAAGAGCACUGGCAUCGCGCCGCUGAAAACACGCCUCCACCUCAUCUGCCGCUGGACGGAAUCGAUCCCCAGAGUGUGGCAGGGAAGAGCCUUUUCGGCUCACCACUUCCAGCCGACGCAGUCAUGAGUGCUGGCUUCAGGAAAGCCGAAAUAGGUGCCAGCAAUGGCUUCUCCAACGCGCGGGCUUUAGCUCGUAUUGGGUCAAUGGUAGUACUGGGGGGGACUGUCGAUGGAAGGCAGUAUCUCUCUCCGAGAACCAUUGACGGGAUGGUCGAGGAGCAGAUCAGAGGGCUGGAUCUUGUGCUGGGUAUGCAAAUGCGGUUUGGUCUUGGGGUCGGGUUGCCUGUGUCUCAGACAGUUCCGUUCAUCCCUGAAGGUCGCAUUUGCUUCUGGGGGGGAUGGGGAGGAUCGAUGAUCAUCAUGGAUUUGGACCGGAGAAUGAGCAUUGGCUAUGUCAUGAACAAGAUGGGGAUGGGUACGUUGGGCAAUGAAAACACGGCGGCGUAUGUCAAGGCCAUUUACGAGGCUGUUGAUGCUUUGUGA